CCCAACAUGACUGACAAAUGAUUAUCCCGUCUGCGAUAUAUAAACCUCCAGAUAACCCCCCUUUUAACAUCCUCACCAUCACCACUCAUUCACCAUUUCAUUACCACCACCAUGCCCCUUUCCAAAACCCCCACUCAGCCCCUCAGCCCCUCAGCCCCAACGGCCCCCAUCUCCCCCGCAUCGGCAUCGGCACCAUGAGUCUCGGCGGCGCCUACAAGCAACAAAACACGCUGUCCGAAAAGCUCGCCUUCCUAACGCACGCCCACUCCAUAGGCCAAACCUUCUGGGACACCGCGGACAUCUACUUCUCCAGCGAAGCCGUAAUCGGGGAAUGGUUCAAGCAAACCGGCAAACGCGAGGACAUUUUCCUGGCCACGAAAUUCGGACUCUCCUUUGAGAACAUGAAGCAGGAGAUUCGGUCUGAUCCGGAGUAUGUGAGGUUUGCAUGUGAGAGGAGUUUGGGUGUUUUGGGGACGGAUUGGAUUGAUUUGUUUUAUUGUCAUCGGGUGGAUGGGAAGACACCGGUUGAGAGGACGGUGGAGGCGAUGGUGGAGUUGAAACGGGAAGGAAAAAUCAAAUAUCUAGGUCUAUCAGAGGUAUCCGCCACAACCCUACGUCGAGCGCACGCUGUCCACCCCAUCACCGCCGUACAGAUGGAAUACAGUCCCUUCUGUUUGGACAUCGAGUACCCGCAGUCGGAUUUACUGCGCACGUGUCGUGAGCUCGGUGUUGCCGUCGUGGCGUAUAGUCCUAUAGGUAGGGGGUUAUUAACCGGUCAGUUCACAUCCAGUACUGAAUUGGGGGAUGAUGAUUUCCGACGCAUAAUUCCUCGGUAUUCGUCCGGGCUGGAUAAGAUUCUGGCUAUCGUGCAGAGAUUCAAGGCUAUUGGGGAAAAGCAUGAGUGUACCCCGGCGCAGGUGGCGUUGGGGUGGUUGCUCGCCCAGGGACCGGAUAUUUUCCCGAUUCCCGGGACUCGGUCGGUGAAAUAUUUGGAGGAGAAUGCGGCGGCGGUGGAUGUGGUGUUGAGUGAGGAGGAGGUGGUGGAGAUUAGAGAGUUGGUAGAUAUGGCGGGGUUUGAGGGGGAGAGGUAUCCUGAUGGGAUGACGAUUCUUCCGGAUACGCCGGAGUUAUAAGGGAUUAUUUGAUAGUUGAUUGAUUGUUG